AUGUCCUCCAAAUCCCGCUGGGCGGAAGAAGACCCCGAAACAGAGGCCAUCCUCGCCGACCGCAAACGCGAAAAGGAAGAAAAACGACGCGCCAAAGCUGAAAAACAGCGUCAACUCGACGACGCCAAAGCCAAAGCCCAAGCCCAGCUUCAAUCCCAACAGAAACACCACCAGCAACAAUCCGAACCCGGAGCGCCCCCAACCAAACGGCGACGACUGUCCACCGACGCGACCCCCGACGACACCUCCGUCAAAUCCGCCAAUGCCUCCGUGGCUGCCACCCGACUGCUUUCCUUCCCCACGGCGGAAUGGGGCCCCUGUCGCCAUGUGGACAAUUUCGAGCGGCUGAACCACAUCGAGGAGGGCUCGUACGGCUGGGUCAGUCGGGCCAGGGAGUUCACAACGGGCGAGGUCGUCGCGCUGAAGAAGCUCAAGAUGGACAACUCUCCUGACGGAUUCCCUGUGACUGGGCUGCGCGAGAUCCAGACCUUGCUGGAAGCGCGUCACACCAACGUGGUCUAUCUCCGAGAGAUCGUAAUGGGAAACAAGAUGGACGAGGUCUACAUCGUAAUGGACUUCCACGAACACGACCUCAAAACCCUCCUCGACGACAUGCGCGAACCCUUCCUCCCCUCCGAGAUCAAGACCCUCCUCCUCCAGCUCCUAUCCGGCCUCUCCUUCCUCCACUCCCAAUGGAUCAUGCACCGCGACCUCAAAUCCUCCAAUCUCCUCCUCAACAACCGCGGCGAGAUCAAGAUCGCCGACUUCGGCAUGGCCCGCUACUACGGCGACCCGCCGCCGAAACUCACCCAGCUCGUCGUCACCCUCUGGUAUCGCGCUCCGGAGCUCCUCCUCGGCGCGGACCGCUACGGCGCGGAAAUCGACCUCUGGAGUGUGGGCUGUAUCUUUGGAGAGUUACUCUCCAAGGAACCGUUACUCCAGGGGAAGAAUGAGGUGGAUCAGGUUUCAAAGAUCUUCGCCCUAACAGGACCCCCCACCCCCCAAACCUGGCCCGGUUUCCGCUCCCUCCCAAACGCAAAAUCCCUCCGCCUCCCCCCCUCCACAUCCUCCUCAACAGUCCCCCCGGGAAGCACCCCCCUCCUCCCCCGCAGCAAAUUCCCCUUCCUCACAAACGCGGGUCUCCGUCUCCUAUCCUCGCUGCUGGCACUCAACCCCGCCUCUCGCCCCACCGCGCAGGAAUGUCUUGCGCAUCCGUACUUCAAGGAAGAUCCGCGGCCGAAGCCGAAGGAGAUGUUUCCGACGUUUCCGAGUAAGGCGGGGUUGGAGAAGAGGCGGAGGAGGGAGACGCCUGAGGCGCCGAAGAGAGGGCAGGAGGCGCCCAAGUUGGAUUUCGCGAGUGUUUUUGGGGGUGGUGCGUCUGCGUCUGGUGGUGAUACUGGGGAGACUGGCGCGGGGUUUACUUUGCGGGUGGGAUGA